AUGUUGCCGGCAUCGUUCACAAAUGCGUGUAAACGUUAUGCAGGAAUAUUUGGAAAUGUAAUUUCUCAACGAAGAAUCCAUAUUAAACGAACGCCAAGAGUUAAAGUGGAAUUAUUAGAGGACGUUCACAAGCUCGGGCGGAAAGGUCUCUCUCGAUUUGUCACAGCUGGAAGGGAUGUCGUGUCGGUUGCAAGAGGUCACAUGAGAGGAUUUUUGUUUCCUCAGAGACAGGCUAAAUACGUCAUGAAGCGCGUUGGAGUUCGUAAAGAUCACAGCAAAAAAGAUGAACCAGACUCGGAAGAAAUGAAAUACUUAAAAUUUAAAAACAUCAAAUUGCUCCCAGGGAUUAAAGAGGCAGAUUGUUCUCCGUUGCGAUCUCAUCAGUUGCAAGUUAAUCUUGCCGUGCUUAAUCAUUUGCCGGACCUAGUAUUCAAGAAGAUAUCAAUUGCGACAGAGGAAGAUACGCGGGCAAUUUCCGGCUCCGUAACCAUACAAGAUGUGAUGGAUAAACUUGCGCAAUACGGUGUCAAAUUGGAAAGAGGAAAUAUAAUUUGGCCAACGGGCACAGAUGACAUCACUCAAUCCGGAGAAUAUCGUUGUGUUUUUACAUUUCCCGAGUUCCGGAUGAGAAUUGCAAAAAAAUUAGUUGUCCGAGGAUUAAAGAGCAAGAAACCGGAAAAGAAAACUCGGGUAAAGCUAUCAAAGGAAGCUUAA